AUGUAUGUGAAGAUAGUGAGUGUACGACUAAGAUACUUGCGAUAUAAUCAACAGAAGCUGCGUGCGGAAGAAUAUAUUCACUUGCGAGAUGCUAUUGCGAAUAACGCUGACACUGCCGAAAUUGGUAACUCUGUUAUCUUACCAUCAUCGUACAUAGAUAGUCCACGUCACAUGCAAGAAUACAUACAGGAUGCUAUGACUUUCGUGCGUGAAUAUGGACGACCGUGUCUUUUUAUUACUUUUAAAUGUAAUCCAAAAUGGCCGGAAAUUACAUCGUUACUAUUACCAGGACAACAUGCAAUACAUCGUCAUGACAUUACAGCACGUGUGUUUAAACAAAAAUUAAAGUCUUUAAUCAACUUUAUUACCAAAUUGCAUGUAUUUGGCCCCACACGUUGUUGGAUGUAUUCAGUUGAGUGGCAAAAGCGUGGAUUACCUCAUGCUCACAUUUUAAUUUGGUUGGUCGACAAAAUACGACAAAAUACUGAUGACAUCGAUAGUUUGAUUUCUGCAGAGAUUCCAGAUCCAUCUACUGAUCAAUUACUAUUUGAUAUUGUUACUACAAACAUGAUUCAUGGUCCGUGCGGAAAUCUGAAUCCUUCAUCAUCUUGCAUGGUGGACGGAAAAUGUACAAAGCGUUUUCCUAAAGAUUUUACUAACGAUACGGUCACACACGUUGACGGAUAUCCAAUAUAUCGUCGAAGAAGUACCGAAAAUGGCGGACAAUCUUUCGUUAAAACUAUCAACAAGGCAGACAUCGACAUUGAUAAUCGUUGGGUGGUACCAUAUUCACCUUUGCUGAGCAAAACAUUCGAUGCUCCUAUUAAUGUUGAGUUAUGCAGUUCGGUGAAGAGUAUCAUGUAUAUUUGCAAGUAUAUGCAUAAAGGAAGUGAUAUGGCUGUAUUUAGGGUUGAAAAUACUAAUGUUCAUUCUCCUCCAGUGAAUGAAAAUGAUGAAAUUACGAUUUACCAAAUUGGCAGGUAUAUCAGUUCCAAUGAAGCUGUCUGGCGCAUUUUCGGUUUCCCAAUUCAUGAACGGGAUCCAGCAGUUAUCCAUUUAGCUGUCCAUCUUGAAAACGGCCAGCGCGUAUAUUUCACCAACGAUACAGCGCUUGAUCGUGCUAUAAAUCCACCAAAAACUACGCUCACCGAAUUUUUUGAACUGUGCAAUCGUGCGGAUGCUUUUGGUGCCUUCGCACAAACACUGCACUAUUCUGAAGUUCCACGGUAUUUUACAUGGACUCAGUCGAAACAAUGGAUGCCCCGUAAGAAAGGGAUACCAGUUGAUCCGUGCCCCGGUUUAUUCAAAUCAAAUAAUUUGCGUCGUGUAUAUCCAGUCAAUCCAAGGCAAACUGAGUGCUUUUAUCUGCGACUAUUGUUAGUUAAUGUCACCGGACCAUUGUCAUUUCAAGAUAUACGGAAGGUAGAUGGACAACAGUAUCCUACGUAUAAAGAUGCAUGCCUUGCUCUAGGCUUGCUAGAAGAAGACAACCAUUGGGACAGUAUGCUUGCUGAAGCAGCAUUAAACUGCACAGGAAAACAAAUUCGUCUACUAUUUUCUAUAGUAUUGACUACAUGUUUCCCGGCCCGAGCACAAAUGUUGUGGGAUAAUCACAAAGAUUCAAUAACUGAUGAUAUAUUGUAUCGACAUCGUACAAGGUGCAACGAUCUAGUAAUAUCAUCCAGUGAUGCAAUGUACAAUGAAGCAUUAAUUGCUAUCGAGGAUCUUUGCAUUGCUAUUGCGAAUUUACCAAUCAGUCAUUUCGGUAUGAGCUCACCGAAUCGAAGUGCAUCUGAUUUACUCAACACAGAUAUGAAUCGUGAACUACAGUACGAUACUGUAGAAAUGGCAAGCAUUGUUAGUCGCAAUGUUCCACUACUAAAUGAUGAACAAAAAAUUAUCUACGACCGCAUCAUGCUGGCAGUUUCGGCAGGACAAGAACGAUUCUUUUUUUUAGAUGCACCAGGCGGAACUGGCAAAACAUUCCUUAUUUCGCUACUUCUUGCCGAAAUACGAUCAAAAAAUGGCAUCGAUUGGCCGUUGCAUCUUCUGGCAUUGCAGCUACUUUAUUAG